CCUAUAUAAACUACUUUGCUUGGUUCCCAUUCUCUCAUCGACCACACCAUAAAUUGGUCACCUGCUUCAACAUCUUGAUAUAAGAAAGGAGUAAAGAAAUGGCGAUUCCAACAAAGGAGGAGGUGGAGCAGAAUGAGGAGGACAAUACAUUUUCAAGGUUGCAAUUGCUUGCACAACAACGGCAUGCCAUGGAGGAAUUCUGGAGGAGGAGCCAGGAACAAAUCGAGGCAUCUGCAGGCAACCAUGAGCAUAUACUACCAAUUGACUGCGUGAAGAAUGUCAUUCGACCAAAGAAUGAUGCUAUGAUGCUAUCUGCUGACACACCAACUUUUGUGACAAAACUUUGUGAGCUCUUCGUGCAGGAGCUCACCCUCCGUGCAUGGGUAUGUGCCAACUCUCACAACCGUGACAUCAUAUUAGGCACAGACAUUGCUGAGGCAAUCACCACCACUGAAUCCUAUCACUUUCUUGGUAAUGUACUUCGUAGCCACAAGGCACUAGGAAGUACUGCUCCUGACAUAGAUACUUCUGCUAGGAAGCAUAUUAAGCUAGACCAAAUGACCUCACUCUACCAUCCUACCCAAGAAAUGCAGGCCUCACGUUUAGCUGGGUAUCCACCCCAUGUUCCUAUAUAUCCUCCUAUAGGUCAAAUGGGAACUCAACACAAGCUGUCUCCAUUCACUUUUAUGAUGCAAGGAGAAUCUCUUCUCAACAUGAAAAGAGAAAAAUCCCUAGUUAAUGAAGUGAUGGUAUGCACCAACAAGAUGAGCAUAAACAACUUUGAUGGAGCUACUAGUAUUGGUGGUGGUAGUAGUAGUGAUGUUGCUAUUGUUGUCCAGCAAGGGGAAACUACACACCCAUUCUCAUCCCAGAAUGCAUGUCCUUCCCUAGAAGAUAACUAUGUUGUUCCCAUGCCUACGGGACAUGUUCAGAGUUUUAGCCCUCCUACUAAUAUCAAUGUCAAGAAGCUACAUCAAGAGGAGAAAAACAUCUAUUCACAAGAUGUUGCUGAAGAGGACAUGUCCAAUGAGUCUUUGGAGGGAAGCCAGAAGGAUGAGGACCUAUUUCUUCAUGAGAAAUAAUUUCCUCCAUUUAUUUAGAAUAUGGAAGAGGAAUACAACAAUGGCAACGAUAUUCAUGAUGGUAAUUUCUCCAAAUCAAGCAACAGUAUCAAGAAUUACUAAAUAAACAACAAAUCAAAGGAGGAUGCAUCUUAGCUAUGUUUAUCCAAUGAUGUUGUAUAGUUUACCUUAUACUUUACUCAAGAUUAAUAAAAAAUAAUUUGUGUGUGAUUCCAGUGGUUUACCUUGUGUUUCCAUCUACCUUUGUAUGGACAAUAAUAAAAAGAUUAUUGUUUGUUUGAUAA